AUGCCUGGUAUAAAAGGAAAAGAUACCGCCGCUGUCCAGGAUGCCAGUCUUGAGACCACCUCGAUCUCUGAUGCUUCCUCAAGUGUUCAUCACUCCGCCAAGAUUGUGCCAAUCAACAAUACCGACAAUACCCUGGUGCUAUUGACAUUCAGUAACACCAAACCAACAUUGUUGGUGGUGGUCCUCACAUUUGUCACUUCAAUCUCGGGGUUCUUGUUUGGGUAUGAUACCGGUUACAUUUCUUCGGCGUUGGUGGCGAUUGGCCAAGACCUUGAUGGUCAUACUCUUCACAAUGGUCAAAAAGAAUUGAUCACUUCUGCUACGUCGCUCGGAGCGCUCAUUGGGGCAAUCUUUGCAGGGUUGUUUGUUGAUUUCCUCGGUAGAAGACCAACCAUAAUGGGUUCUAACGUGUUGUUUAUUGUCGGUAGUGCUAUGCAAACUGGAGCGCACAGUGUUGGAGUGAUGAUGGGUGGGAGAUUCGUUAUGGGUAUUGGUGUGGGUAUUGGCUCGUUAACUGCUCCGUUAUUUAUUUCUGAAAUGGCGCCUUCAAAUAUGAGAGGUAGAUUGGUGGUGGUCAAUGUGCUUUGUAUCACUGGUGGUCAAUUGAUUGCUUAUGCUAUUGGUGCUGGGGUGGAAAAAGUCAGCCAAGGUUGGAGAAUCUUGGUGGGUUUGAGUAUUUUACCUCCAACGCUUCAAUUGGUGGCGUUUUUCUUUUUACCAGAUACCCCAAGAUUUUACCUUAUGAAGAACAGGGUUGAAGAGGCCAAGAACGUGUUAUUGAGGAUUUAUCCUGAAGUCGAUGAAAAGCUCAUUGAUGCAAAGAUUCAAGAACUCAUUGCCAUUAACAACGAAGUUCCAGGUGACAACUUCUUUAAAAAAAUCGUCAAUGCCACCAAAGAAAUCCAUACCGUUCCUUCGAAUUUCAGGGCGCUUUUGAUUUCUUGUGGGUUGCAAGGUAUCCAACAAUUUUCGUCUUGGAAUUCCCUCAUGUACUUUAGUGCCACUAUUUUCCAAACCGUGGGGUUCAAAAACUCUACUGCGGUUUCCAUUAUCAUUGCUGGGACAAACUUUGUGUUUACUCUUGUUGCAUUCUUUGCCAUUGACCGGAUUGGUAGAAGACGGAUCUUGUUAUUCUCCUUGCCGUGCAUGGUGGCGGCGUUGGUGGUGUGUGCCAUUGCGUUCCAUUUCUUGAAUGUCGAUUUCUCUAAUAGUACCGCGGUGAUCCAUAGUUCUGGGAACGGGAUCUCUGGCUGGGGAGUGGUGAUCAUUGUGGCCAUGAUUUGUUUUGCUGCCUCGUAUGCCAUUGGUAUUGGUAAUGUUCCAUGGCAACAAUCGGAGUUAUUCCCCCAAUCCGUCAGAGGGGUCGGGUGUGCUUAUUGUACCGGGGUCAAUUGGGGUGGUUCAUUGAUUAUUGCCGCCACUUUCUUGACAAUGAUGCAAAACAUUACUCCAACCGGGACUUUUGCGUUCUUUGCCGGGUUGAUCACCGUAUCGUGGCUCUUGGUAUUCUUCAUGUACCCAGAAUUGUCGGGUUUGGAAUUGGAAGAAACUCAAAAGGUCUUGACCAACGGGUUCAACAUCAAGGAAUCCGAAAGAUUGGCCAAAGAAAGAAGAAGACAAGCCGCGCUUGCAAAAGACCAGAUCAACGCCACGUUUGCCCUGGAGAAAAAAGCCAGUCCCCUCCAAACUCUCGAAACCGUUUGA